UUUGUUCUGCUCUUCCUCUUCUUGGGAGUAGUAAUAUGUGGGGAUAGAGCUGAUGAAGGGUUACUUUCUGAAGGGCUCAGGUCACAGACAGCAUUUGCUCUCCCUGCCUCAGCUCUGAGAUGGGCUGGGAAGCAGGUAUGACAGACACAGAUCCAGGGACUGCUGUGGGAGGGAAGCAGAAGAGGAGGGGCAUAAAGGAACCGAGAUGCAGCCUCUUUGCCUCUGCUCCAAGCUCUCAGGGCAGCCUCAUCCUCAGUCCUUCAGGCACGGGCUUCUCUGCCACAUGAGCUUCUCCAGCACCAGCUGCUAAACCUGCAGUUACCUCUUGGAUGACACAAAUUCCUCUACCCCCUUUUUUGCCAGCUUCUGGAAGAAUUUGCACUGGAGACAAAGCACGCAAGAAUCAUCUGAAGAAAAAUGCUCCCCAAAGACAAAACACAGAGCACUGCAAAACCCAAGCAUUCAGCCUCUCGCCACCACUAACAAACAGACCUGCCUGGUAGCAGCCAGGGCUACAGUGACUGCUCACUGCCUUCUAAGCAGCCUAGCUACAUGGAGGAGCAAGAAGACAUCUUUGUACUUUCCCUCGGAACCAGCACCAGCAAAUGCAGCCUUGACACUAACCAAACAGGGACUCCAACAUGCUGGUCAGGAGCAACCAGAGGUGGCCCAGAAGUGGUGAUUGUACCAGUGCUUUUUGGAUUGAUUUUCCUCCUGGGAAUAGUGGGAAACACAUUGGUGUUGGUUGUUUUGGAACAUUUCUGGCCUAGAAGACGCCCAUUGUGCAGCGUUACCAACAUCUUCAUCCUGAACUUGAGCAUUGCAGACUUCUCCUUUCUGCUGUUCUGUGUCCCCUUCCAGGCCACCAUCUACUCCCUGCCAGAGUGGAUCUUCGGUGCCUUCUUUUGCAAAUGGGUUCACUACUUGGCUAUGGCAACAAUGCUGGUCAGCAUCUUUACGCUGGUGGAUAUGUCCAUGGACAGGUACAUUGCUGUGGUCCACGCCAAGAGUUCACACUGCAUCCGCAGCAAACACAACGCUGCCCUUGGUGUGGCUGUCAUUUGGCUGCUGUCUCUAAUCAUUGCCAUCCCUGUGGCCGAGCACCAGGCCCUCGUGAGUGGUCAUCAGCAAGCACCCAACAGCUCCUUCUGCUGGGAGCAUUGGGCAAAUGGUUCAACAGCCAAGCAGAUGUACAAGGUCACCAUCCUGUUGGUGGGGUACCUCCUGCCCCUGGUGCUCAUCACCUUCUGCCAUGCCAAGGUUCUGUAUCAUCUCCAUACAAAAGUAAACAUUUCCAAGAAGUCAGAGAGAUCAAAGAGGAAGACAGCACAGACCGUGCUGCUUGUGGUUGCUGUGCUCCUGCUCUCCUGGCUGCCCUGGGCUGAGUUUGGGCAGUUUCCUCUGAACAACAUCUCCUUUACCUUCCGCAUCAUCUCUCACUGCCUAGCCUAUGGGAACUCCUGCAUCAACCCCAUCAUUUACGCUUUCCUCUCGGAAAAUUUCCGCAAGGCCUGCCAGCAAGUGCUCACCCACAAGCUCUUCCUGCAGCCAGUUCCUGCUGAGAAAUUGGUCAGAGUACGUAUGGAGAACUUUUCCACCAUGCACUCUACCACUAACAUGUAAAUCAGGCUCACAAAUACAUUUCAGGAGGAAGAGGAGGGGAAAGAGUGCUGUCUGGGGAAAACAAGUACACAAGUACAUUUCAGGGAGCAGUGCAACCUGCAAAAAUAUGGAUUUUGUUAGAUUACCAGAGUGGUAGGAGGCAUUUUCCAUGUGGCUGUUAGGACACUUGACACAG